ACAUACUCACAUCAAUAUCAUCACGUCUCAUCGCUGGCGAUUAUAUUGCUUUCCGUGCUGUUUGUAAAAGAUGGCGUUACCCGUCCCUGUUGCCUCCACUCCCACCUCCGGUAUAUGAUUCCCUGUGGCCUUAUUUGAUGAGAUUAAAUGCAGAAACCGACAUUGUAGAAUUCUUUGAAUCAGUGUACAAUGCCAUAACUCACAAGAUGGAUAUCCCAAAAUUAAGGGGUUCCCGAAUUCGGAGCUCAAAAGCUAACUGGUUGCUCAUCAUGAGUCAUGACAACCGUGGCAUGUUCUUUUUCAAUACCAAAAGCAAUGAAAUAAUUGAACUCCCUGAUCUACUAGAGGAGACAGAUAAUGCUUUCUCUGCUUGGACAUUUUCGUGUCCCCCAGACUCAUCAUCGGAUUGUUUUUGUUUUGUCGUUGGUUUUGAUAUAUUUUCCAACCAGAUUUACAUAGCAGAAGAGGUUGAUAAUGGAGGAAUAUUAGCUGUAUUUCUCAUUCAUGAAGAAGGAAAAGUCGAGGUUUGGAGGUACAACAUGAAUGGAGGAGUCUUGGAGAGGAAACAAAUAACAAGUUUGAAUAAUAAAACACUCUUUGUGAGCUUUGGAGCUUCCUACUUGAAACCUUGCAUUUCACGGGGGUUAGGAAACAAGAUAUAUUUUCCCGUAUUACAUGAUAACAACAGGGGCGUUUUCUAUUGUUUGGCUAGUCGCAAAUAUUACUCUUUCGAUUACACUGUCAAUGGAGCUUUCUCAAGUUCAAAUUAUUACAAAUUCAUGGGCCAACCAAAAUCCUCCAUUUGGAUUGAGCCAACUCCUUUCCCUCCUCAUGAUUGA